CCCAUCCCUGACUUGCCUCCUGUUGGACAUGUACGUUCUGUUUUUAUUGUGGAAAAUUUGUGCAUGUUGAUAAAAGUUGCAAUAAAAAGAAAAAAGAUAUUAACAAUAAUGUGCUUAAUGUGGGCCAAUUUGAGGAAUGAACAAAGUGGUAGUAGGGGAAAGGUUUUAUCUGGGGAAGAGAAUACUCCUUCACCUGAAGUUGGGGUGUCUAAAGAUAAAAGAAAAAAAAAGCAAGCUUAUCUCUUUUCGGGAAUUUGGAAAGCUAGAAAUAAGUUGCAGUUCAAAGGGGAUUGGAUUUUUGAGAGAGGGGUGGUAGAAAAUGCUAAAUCUGAGUGGUUAGAGUGGAAGGGAAAGAAGGAAGUUGAAGGAGGAGUAGGUCGGGCAUCUUUGGCCAUCAGUGCUUUGCUCUCUGUGGAUGGUGGGGUUGCCUCAAUGUUUUGUUUAGCAACUUCAAAGGAAGGCAGCAAAUGGAAGCCUUUUACUUUGCAAUCAAAUGGAGUCAAUUGGAAGGUCAGAGACUUGGCUUGGGGUCCUCUAGUUUGCUACCUCAAUGAUGUUGAUAUCACUGAAGCCAUUAACAGAAGAAUUUUGUACUCUGCUUGCUGUCCUGCUGACAACAACUCUGGUGAGAAACCAGUCAACAAACUGAACCUAGAUAGGAGAGCUGCUCAAAGUGUAGUCUAG